AUGAAUCUUCUUCAGAGGCUGAACAUCGCCAUUGAUUUUGCCUGUGCACUAGAUUAUCUUCAUAAUCAUUGCGAAACUCAAAUCGUUCAUUGUGAUCUCAAGCCAAACAAUGUUCUUUUAGACAAUGAAUUGACUGGACAUGUUGCUGACUUUGGGCUAGCAAGAUUUCUCUCAAAGUUAUCAAAGUAUGGAAUGGGAAGUGAGGUGUCAACGUAUGGGGAUGUGUACAGCUUUGGCAUUCUCUUGUUAGAGAUGUUUACUGGGAAGAAACCCACCGACAACAUGUUCAGUGAUGGCUUGAACUUUCAUAAUUUUGUGAAGUUGAAUCUUCCUGAGCGAGUUACUGAGAUUGCAGAUGCGGUAUUAUUUCUUCAAGGAGGCAUCGAGGACACUCCCAAGCAACGCAGCCCAACUGCACAAAAAUUGGAGGAGGUUUGA